UAUAGUAUAACAGACAAAUCUGCAGAUUUUACAAUGUUUCAAACAUCAUUCAAAUACUACAAAUCUAGAAAUCCACCACCUACGUUCGAGAAUUUGCUACUAAUCGGCACUGAUCACCCUAAUCUACAGCCUGUGCAGCUGAGCCAUAACAAUGAAAGCAUAUUUUCUGGUCUACACCCACCGAACGAGUGGAAAAUAUAUGAACUGUCCACCAGACCGGGAUUGCUCCUGUUGGCCAAUCCGUUCACCUGCGAGGGCCAGCGGUACUGGAUGACGCAAAGCUUGGUAAACUAUCCGACGCAUCCAAAUACUACUAACCAAAGCAAUGUGAGCCAAUCGACCCAUAAUGCAGAUCGCUCCUGGUGGGAAAUGGUACAAAGUGUUCCGGAUAUAACUGAACGUAAGAAAUUCGCCAAAAAACUAAGAUGGGCCACAUUGGGCUAUCAGUACGAUUGGACCAAUAAGAUAUACGAUGAGUCACGAAAGGAAUGCUUCCCUUCUAAUCUACGCGCGCUAGUACAAUAUGUUGCUACCGUACUUGGCUACGAUCGUUUUUCUCCUGAAGCUGCCAUCGUUAAUUAUUAUCCUAUCGGCUCAACGCUUGCUGGUCACACGGAUCAUUCUGAAGAUGAUUGUUCAGCGCCAUUGUUUUCGUUCAGCUUUGGGCAGCCUGCUGUGUUUCUGAUUGGUGGCCUUAGUCGUGAUGAACAACCGGAUGCUAUCUUGUUACGCAGCGGUGACAUUAUCGUUAUGACUGGUGCAAGUCGACUGUGUUAUCAUGCGGUACCUCGAGUUUGUACCGAUUUGGAGCUGCCCGAGUAUAUGGGCAAUAGUGCCAAACGCUGGGAGUCGCAUGAUUUCCCACAAGAACAGCGUAAAGAUGAGAUGUGGAGUGACGCAAUCCAGCAAUACAUUCAGUACAGCCGUAUUAACAUAAACGUAAGACAAGUUUUAAGGGCGAAUCAACAAACAUUACAACCGAUUGGCGAACGUUUUAUGCAUGAGAAAUUAUAA